CAAACUCAAAAUCAAUCAAAGAAUAAAAAUAAUCCAAUUUUGUUUUAAGUUUUUUACAAUCUAAAAUAUAUUUUUCUCAUUUCAUGAAUGCCCUACAUAUCUUAUCCUAAUUGAAUAAUUUUAAAGCAAAUGGAAUCUAAUAAAGGAUUUUAAACUCCCUAUAACAUUUUUAUUGCUGCUCUUUCUGUCCAGAUGAAACUGCCUUUCCAUAUCAGUGCCUCACAGGUAAUCCUCCUCUUCCUCAACCUCCUCUGCCCAAUCCCACACACAGUUUCCACAAAUCCCCCAUCUUCUGCUGCUUUCUAUCCCAGUCAAGAGCUGGAGUCCAACCUGUAUGACCUCAGUGCUCCACUGCAGGACCCCAAGCUCCCUAAAAUGUGGUCUGACUGGCUUCAAGACUCUCCUCAAAUUCAUCUACAGCCUGAGGAAGUGGGUGUCUGGGAAGAAGAGCAGCUGCUGAGAGACCAGAGAGGGGAUGUUAUGGAUCUGCCACUCUCCCCAUUCGCUGCUGAUAUCUCUCUAGAGGCCAUAAACUAUCAGGAGGGAGGAGAAGGUGAAGAAGGCUGGAAAAGAAACGACGCUCUUACAUCCAUGGCCGGAGGGCUUCAAGCCGUCAGCCGAGAGAAAGGAGGAUUUGGUUUCCGCUUUGGAAGGAAGAGACAACUGGAAAAGAUAAGGAGGAAUGGAAAACAGAGGAGGACAAGAGAAAGCAGAAAGAGAGAUUUCAUAACUGAAAUGUGGGCUUAAACAAGAUUACUUUUUUUAUCUUUACUUUAUUGUCAACAGAAAGCAACCAGUGGCAUCGAAUGCAUUUUACAGAGAGAGAAGCUGCUCUGUGCUUCACUGCCUAUAAUUAUAAGAAACGAGGCAAUAACGGAGAUUUUUGUUUAAUAAAUAAACUUUUCACAUUACAUAAUUUACAUGCCUUAAAAUUUAUAUUAACUCUUCAUGAAAUUGCACAAAUGAAAAACUGCUAAAUUAAAUAUGUGACUUCCAUCAGUUACACCUGUUUCUCAAGCCUUUAAUGUUUUUUUUAUUAUUAUUUUACACAGAGACAUUGUACAGCAGUUCAUCAACCCUUUCAAAGGAAAGCUGGAUGGUACCAGGUGAAAGGAAAAAUGAUUGCAAACUGUGGUACAAGUACAAUUUAACAAAGUUUGUGAUUGAUGAUAAAUCAGAAUAAAAUAAAUACAUAUUGUUGCAUUCGAUACAUAGCUAAUACAUCAUGAUUCGCAUCUCAUUGAAACCAAUUAAGCUGCUGUUUUACUCACCACCAUCAUUGAGUGUACAGUAUAUCUGCUUGAAUUAACCAAUUUAAGACCAGUGCAGUAUG